ACCAGCCCCCCUCAAUAUAUAUCGCCGUCGAAAAAAGACCUACUUUCCCAUUGCUACGUUUUCUUCCUUGUUUUCUCUCUCUCUCUCUCUCUCUCUCUCUCAAAUUCUUCUUCUGUUUUCUCGGGAAAACUCCCAAACCCUUUUGCUAGAUUCCCGGGAAAACUUUCAUAUCUCAGAUCCAAUUCCAAAGCCCAGCAUGAUGAAGAUAUCGGGGAUCCUCGCCGUGGCGUCCGCAGCUGCAGCUUCAGCCGCUGCCAUAUCUUCUCCGCCGCCGUCUUCGACCUCCGUACCCAACUCCAAGUCGGAAAGAUCUUACUAUAAGGCUGUUUCGAGCAAAAGCAGGGAGAAUCCAACUGCUGCUUCGGAUAAGUAUGCGCCCAGGUUCGACGGACUGAGGUUUAUUGAAACUUUGGUCACUGCUCACAGAUAAUCUCUUAAGUAUUGGUCCCUCUUUAAUUAGUUGUAAUAGUAACAUAAAUUAUAAAGAUUUUCGCAUCGAUCUGCUUGAUUGUUCAAGAGAUUGAGAAUGAUGAGCUGAAUUGUUCUGUAUCCGAUUCUUCUAUUGAUGAGAGUAUGAUUUUGUUUUCUUUUUUACGAA